GCUGUUAUACCACUGAGGAUCUCUUGUGAGUUCCCUUUUUACUUAACCAGGAAAGGAUUCUAUCCUGAGUAAUGCAGCAGAAUAGCAAUCGAGUAGAAGACUUCCCUCUCAAUGUAUUUUCCGUCACUCCUUAUACACCCAGCACAGCUGACAUCCAGGUGUCUGAUGAUGACAAGGCAGGAGCCACUUUAUUGUUCUCAGGUAUCUUUCUGGGACUUGUGGGGAUCACAUUCACAGUGAUGGGCUGGAUCAAGUACCAAGGCGUCUCUCACUUUGAGUGGACACAGCUUCUUGGGCCAAUUCUACUCUCAGUCGGGGUGACAUUUAUCCUGAUCGCCGUGUGCAAGUUUAAAAUGCUAUCUUGUCAGUCUUGCAAGGAAGGUGAGGAAAGAACACUGGACACAGACCCGCCUCUGAGUGGACAAUCUUUUGUUUUCACUGGGAUCAACCAACCUAUAACAUUCCAUGGGGCAACUGUGGUGCAGUACCUUCCUCCUUACACAUCUCAGGACACCAUCGGGCUAAAUGCCACUUAUCUGCCCCCAGUGGUAAACCCUUUUGGAGCUGCAAACUCAGGAGGGCCAACAGGACCUGCUCCAAAUCCCCCUCAGUACUGUACCAUCUAUCCUCAUGAUAAUGCUGCAUUUAUUGAUGAUGAGCUCUACUCUCCCUAUGUGGACAUGGAUCACAGAAAUGAUAACAGGUCAACUACUGAUGCCGAACAAUCAGAAGAGAUACAGCUAGAAGACAACAGUCGUGACUGCUUUUCUCCUCCCUCCUAUGAAGAAAUAUACUCCACCCCACGCUAGAGACUAAAUUUCUAAGGGAACCAAGCACUAAAACCACUAUUUUCUAACCAAAAGUUUUUAAUUUAUAGCUUCUAAAAGACAGACAAGACCACAGGUUCCCAAAGCACCCCCUAGUGGUAUAGCUGAACCUUCAGUUACUCAUGGGGAAGGGAAGGGAAAAAUCUCUCCCUAUGAGUCAAUGGGGAAAUUCCCACUCCUGACUCAUUCCUUCAUGAAGGAUAUUCUCUGUUUUCCUUAAAAGUUUUUAGAGCAGGGAUUUUACCACUUGAUUCUUAAUAGGAGUCCUGCAACUCACCCUUGAGGUCAUAAGGAAAUUUUUGCUUUUAUACCUUAAGGAUUUCCUUGAGUGACAGAAGGAAGGUAAGAACAGCCAGGAUUAGUGCUUCUUCCCUUGUCAUUGAUAGGGUCCUAGCCCAGGCAUGGGUGGCUAAUGUCUUUGCCUCCCUGCAGCAGGAGGUUUGCAUCUGAGCACCUGAAAUGUGUGCGUAUAUGUGUGUGUGGUUCUUUUUUAACUCUUGGGGUUUGACUUGCCUGCAAACAAAGGGGCUUUGGGGCUGCCUAGUCUUUAAAGGAUUUGAGGGAUGAAAGAUGACCACAGUGGUCACUUUGAUGUUUGGUGUAUUUGGAUUUAUGCACUCAUAUUGUGAUUAAAAAGCUGUAUACAGUA